CUAUUAUUUAAUGAAGUUUGCUUAGUAAUUUUAUCAAGAUAGAUGAGUAUAUAAAGUUAACGAAAACUAUCAGACACAUUGUAUUCUUUGAGCCUCUGUAGUAAAGUGUUAACAUGAUUCAUAACAAGAUAUUGCAAGGAAAAGAAUUUAAAUCAACUUUGAACAACAUAAGUCUAGGUGACUUUUUUUUUAAUUAUGCGGAAAAAAAUGCCAACAAAAUUUGUCAAAUAGACGCAGAUCUAGAUCAAUCUGAAACCUACUCUAGUGUUAAGCAGCGAACAACUCGAUUAGCAAUACAUCUUAAGAAAAGAGGAAUAACUUCAAAAGAUGUAGUGGCUUUUUGUAGUUACAAUUCACUCGAUAACACUAUACCGAUUAUUUCUUCUUUGUAUCUCGGAGCUAAAGUCGUGAGUUUAGAUCCCACGCUAUCAGCUAGACAAACAAAACAUUUGUUGUCUCUUGUCUCACCUCGACUAAUUUUUGUUGGAGAAGAAUCAGUAACGUUGAUUGAAAACUGUUUAAAUGAAGUAAACUUGAACGCCGAAAUUGUUGUUUUUGGAAAGUCGAUUAAAUAUGAAACAUUUUCGAAUUUACUCACGCCUACUCCCGAAGAAAAAACAUUUAGGCCAGAAAAAGUCGACAUUCAUGAUAUUGCUGUGAUGUUUUUCAGUAGCGGUACUACAGGAUUACCUAAAGCAAUCUGUCACAGUCAUUACAGUUUUUUGCAGCUGACGGAUAUAUCAAAUCAAAGUGGUCACGACACCAAUUGUACUUUACACUUUACAACAUUUUAUUGGAUAUCAGGAAUGCUAAUGCUGUCGCUAAUAUUUCUUGACGGUGGCACUAGAGUCUUUGCACGAAACAUGGAGGGAGAAAAAACUCUCAAAAUGAUUGAAAAGUACAGAAUAACAACUCUUUUUGUUGCUCCUGUCUACACUUACGAACUUACAAGUGUAGCAAAUCCCGAGAAAUUCGAUCUGUCUUCUUUCCGUUGUUUUUUAACCGGAGGUACUUCAAUAAGUACCGAACAAUACAAAAAACUGAGCUCUUACUUCCCACAAACUCAAAUCUUAUUUGGUUAUGGAAUGAGUGAGAUUGGGAUAAUCUCUGUUUUUCACUCGACAAGAGACAAACAUUUUAUUAAGACUAAGCUUGGAUCUUGCGGAAAAAUUGUGGCGCAAACAACCCUUAAGAUUGUUAAUCCAGACACUGAAGAAAUACUCGGUCCACACCAAAAAGGAGAAAUUCGUGUCAAAUCAUCAGGCCUUUUCAAAGGGUACUACAACGCGGCGAGUUCUCACUGCUUCGAUAAAGACGGUUUUCUCAAAUCAGGAGAUAUAGGAUAUUAUGAUGAAGAUGGUUGUUUAUAUGUAGUUGGACGAAUAAAAGAAAUGUUUAAAUAUCUUUCUUGGCACAUAGUACCAUCUUCCAUUGAGGCGAUUUUAUUAGAACAUUCUGCUGUUAAAGACGCAGUGGUAUUUGGAAUUCCGGCUGGAGAAAAAGGAGAAAUACCGGCUGCUUGUGUUGUUUUGAAAGAUAAUUGUUGCAAUAUUGAUAAAGAAGAGAUUUUGAAGUUUGUAGAAGAGCGAGUUUCAGAAAGGGAGAAACUUAGAGGCGGUGUUACAUUUUUGAAUGAGUUGCCCAGAACACCCACAGGAAAAUUAAUAAGAAAUGAAGUUCGAAAUAUUGUCAUAAAAUCGAUGUGAAAAUGUAUCAUUGCAUUUUUCUGUUAUUUUAAACAAUAAAAGUAUUAUCAGGAA